UGGGCUGUAAAAUGAAGUGUUCCCCGGUGGAAACUUUAUAAAGCGCUCAGUGCAAUAGCUGGGAAAUAUGUUUUCAUUUAUGAUUAUUAUGAUCGUGGGGAAAUGUUUUUAAUCAUCAGUCAUAAAUUCCAACAACAGUUUUAGCACCAAAAAAUCAGUGGAAAUGUGUUUUGCCAAGAGGCUGAAGAAGAGAGUGGGAGAAAAAGAGGGUUGCCUGGACCCUUUUGGAGGGAGGUCAUCCAGCAGAGACUGAAAGUAGAGCUGCUGUGUCGAGAGAGAGGAGAUGGUGUGUCUUGGAUCAUGUCUUAUUGUUGUUGUUGGGUUAUGUCUGUUGUUUUGAAUCGAAUUUACAUCAAUGAACUGUGACUGAAAGACACGUUAUGUCCCCACAAACAUGAGACUUAGACAGAGCCGAAAACCCACUUACUCCAUACUGAAUACAACAGGAAAGUGAAGACCAACAAUGUAGCGUGAGUUGAGUUUUUUACAUCUUUUACAGCGAUAAAGUUGCUUUCCCCGUGAGCCAGAUCGAUCACACUACCUACCGAGUCUACUGGUAUCUAACAAUGCGUAAUAGAUCAUUGAAAUGGUGACUAUAAUAGCGCAAAGCGCAGUAGAUGGUCAAAGCGCAGUAGAGCAUUUGUCCCAUCCCUCACAAUAAUAAACUCAGUUAUGGUUCCCAUGAUGCUUUGCACUCCAGUCGACCAAUCACAGUGGUCGAUCGCUUCAACAUGGAUCCGCCUCUCUCCGUCUCCCGAGAGAUUGAGACAUGGAAAAAGACACCAAAUCCUUGUUUUAUAGCUUAAACAGCUCUAUCAGCUUGAUCUACGGUGGCCUCAAAAGGACAAAACAACUAGGGAUUCAUGACAAAGAAUAAAUAUUUUAGAAGUAAAAAAGUGUUGUUUUAUUGAAAACAUGUACUAAACCUGUGUUGCAGAUGCCUUAAACCUAUAAUAUAAAUGACCAUUUAUUGGUUUUAUAAGGAAGGAAAUCAAAAACCAGACUAGGGGGGUGAGAUGAGGUGAGUCUUUUAUGGUUGAUAUGGGGAACAAGAAAGAGAUGACACUCUUCUGAGGAGUGUUUCAGGAUUCAGUAGGUGGGAAUGGAGUCUUGGGUUGGAUGUACUUUAUAAAUCUCAAGAUGGAGUCCAAAAUAACUGCUCAAAGUUCUGUUUACGUCGAGUGUAAUAACAAUAGGAAUAGAGUUUGGGGGGAUUUAUCAUCACAAAGUGCGUUGGAGCGAUUUGUAGCAACAAUUCCUCUCAUUAUGAUCCAAACUAAUCCGUGAGUCGGAGACGUUUCAAAGACAUAAUUAAACUAAACUAUCAAUAGCUGAAAUGUAAAUGCAGCAACCCCGGGAGCUGCGUUUAUCUCUGCUUAAGUCCUCAUUCCACAAAUUGGAAUGUAAAAAUACACAAAGCAUUCAAGCAGUGUGAGAUGUGAAAUGAAAAAGGAGGAUUCAGACGGAGCCAGGAGGCGAACACACUCGAGAAUACCAACUUGUGUUAAUGACUUCACCAAGACUUUUUUAUCUUUGAGGUUCAUUGUCUAAAUAAAUGAACUCUGCCAUGAAUAUUAUUAUGAAGUUAAACUUGUGCUUGGGUCUAUUUGUCUGGCCAGACUUCGGACCUUCCUCCCUCACGGGUCAUGUUUGAGGUGACGCAAUAAACACACAUCUGAAGGUCAGUCGACCCUCCACACGCCUAACUGUCAUCCUUGUUUCUUCAAUGGGUUGACAUUGUUUUUAUUCUAGUUCAGCCAGAGAGGCUGGUCCCCUUCUCUUCUGGAGUUGUUGCUCUGAAGGUUUUCGGUGUUGGGUGUCGGAGCUCCUCCGGCCAGGCAACAGCAGGCAGACCUGAGUGUGAGCUGGGUUACACACACACACACACACACACCGGCCUGCAACUCCACACCUUCAGUGGCUCCACCCUGAUUGUGUGUUUAAAUAAUGUGGGAAAAUAGAUACACCCCCACCGAGCGCUCCUGUUUGAACAGGCGGGGAGGAGCCUGACGCACUUGAUCACUGGACCUGUGGGUGUCGGACAGGUACACUGAGAGUGAGAGAGGCAGAGCGUCUGGAUAUACAGUUCCUGUUCCGAGGAAAGCGGGGGAUCGAGUCGUCUUGGUUUGAUUGCUUUUCAUGUUGCUUUAAGAGCAGCUGGGAACAAGUGACAGAUCCUGGAACCCCCCAGAGAGUCCUCCUGUGAGGAGGGCAUGAAGUCAGCCGUGGAGCCGGGGAAGUCUGUCCUGCUGCGCGAGGAGGUGGCCCAGCUCCAGGAGGAGGUCAGCCUGCUGCGGCAGAUGAAGGACAUGUUGAGUAAAGACCUGGAGGAGACUCAGGGAAGCUGCUCGGCCGACGUGCUCUCCGCCACCGAGCUGCGGGUCCAGCUGGCCCAGAAGGAGCAGGAUCUAGUCCGGGCAAAAGAGGCCUUGCAAGCCAUGAAGUCUGACCGCAAGCGUCUGAAGGCGGAGAAGGCGGAUCUGGCCAAUCAGAUGCAGCAGCUCUACGCCACACUGGAGAGCCGCGAGGAACAGCUCCGGGAUUUCAUACGCAACUACGAUCAGCACAGAAAAGAGAGCGAGGACGCGGUGAAGACCCUCGCCAAAGAGAAGGACCUCCUGGAGAGGGAGAAGUGGGACCUGCGGCGACAGACGAAAGAAGCCACCGAGCACACAGGGAUGCUGCGCUCCCAGCUGGACCUCAAGGAGAACCGGAUCAAGGAGCUGGAGGCGGAGCUCGCCAUGAUGAGUAACUGUCUCAAUCAGAGAAUGGAAUUCCGGAUCUUUGAGCGGUUCGGGGAAAGGGACUUCUCCCCCAGGGUUCUGGCGGCCAAGCAGUCUCUGGCCACACUGACCAAGGAUGUGCCCAAGCGCCACUCCCUGGCGAUGCCCACAGAGACGGUCGUCAACGGCAACAACCAGGAGUGGGUGAUGCAGGCGGACCUCCCGCUCACCGCUGCUAUCCGGCAGAGCCAGCAGACGCUCUACGUCCACGCUGGGAUUCCCACCGACCGACAAGUGGCGGCUGUGCGUGUGAGUCCAUGCCACUCGCGUCAGCCUUCCAUCAUCUCCGACGCCUCGGCCGUAGACGGGGACCGGUCAUCCACACCGAGCGACAUCAACUCACCGCGCCAUCGGACUCACUCCCUCUGCAAUUCUCUAGAAGAUCUGGAGGUGGCGAAAUGUAAGAAGAAGAAGGAGAAGAUGGGUCUGGGCUCUCUGUCACGCGUCUUCCGGGGAAAGCAGCGCAAGUCCCUGGACCCGGGUCUGUUUGAUGACUCGGACAGCCUCUGCAGCUCCGGCCGCCUCAGUCUGAACCUCUCCGAUGGGCCGGAGGAUCAGCUGGACCGACUCCAGCAGGUGGAACUGGCCCGCAGCAUCCCCAUGUCCCAGUGGCGGGCCGGCACAGUGCAGGCCUGGCUGGAGGUUGUCAUGGCGAUGCCCAUGUACAUCCGCGCCUGCGCCGAGAACGUCAAGAGUGGGAAGGUUCUACUGGGCCUGACGGAUCAGGACCUGGAGGUCGGGCUCGGGGUCACCAAUCAGAUGCAUCGCCGGAAACUGCGUCUGGCCAUUGAGGAUUACAGAGACGCUGAAAACGGAAGAGGUUUGUCCAAAGCCGGGGAGCUGGACCACCACUGGGUGGCCAAGGCGUGGCUGAGCGACGUCGGUCUUCCUCAGUACUCCCAGUCGUUCCACACCCACCUGGUGGACGGUCGCCUGCUCAACUCCCUGACCCGCCGCGACCUGGAGCGCCACCUCAACAUCACCAAGAAGUUCCACCAGAACAGCCUGCUGCUGGGGAUCCAGCUGCUGCACUCGCUCAACUUUGACAAGGAGGCUCUUCAGGCUCGCAGGGCCCAGUGUGAACACCAGAAUGUGGAUCCACUCGUGUGGACCUCGCAUCGAGUCAUCAAGUGGAUUAAAGACAUCGACCUCAAGGAGUUCGGUGACAAUCUGCUCAGCAGUGGGGUCCAUGGAGCCGUCCUGGUGCUGGACCCCACCUUCACCUCGGACACCAUGGCAACAGUGUUGGGUAUCCCCAGCAACAAACACAUGGUCCGGCGCCACCUAGUGGAGGAGAUGAGCAGCCUGAUCGGUGCAGCCAGGAACGAUGGACCACACGAGCACCAGAGUUCGGGCCCGGGAACGCCGCCAACCCCGUGCCGCCAGAACUCAGCGGGCCGGUCGCCGAGCUCGGCGAGUCGACAGACUGAAGAGGACAGCUCACUGAGGAGGAGAGCAGUGAAGCCUCCAACUGGCUACAGCCCAAAAGGUCGCAAUGGUCGCGACCUGAGUUGCCAUGGCAGCUACGGCUCGCUGCCGCGGGACACCCGGGACUCGACGCCCAGCAGAGUCCAGGGGAGCCCCAUCCACAGCUACGCCAACGUGGGGAUCACCAACGUGUGACUCAGCUGGAGGAUGUGUUGGAAUAAAGGGGCCUUUGUGAUACGUCAUGCACUUUUUUUAUCCGGGCUGUUUCCUGGAUCUGUGAAUGAUUGAUCCCAAGAUGGGACCGGACUCCUGGAGCGUUUCUCUGAAGGAAACUGGACUUGUAACUUCCUGAUGUGAUCAAUGUUUGACUGUCUGUGAUGCCUUGUUUGAUCGAACUAACUUGAACCGGUAUGUGACUCUCACUGUGGUGUCCAACAAAUGUAGCACUGUCCGCCAAUGUUUGAUACAAUACGGUGUCAUUUGUACAAUGUCUGAAUCAUGAAUAUCCUGUACAUACUUUGUGUGGAUGGAAACAAUUUGGAAUAAAACAAAAAUG